CCCUCGACCUCGACCUUCCAAGAUAGCCCUCCAGCUGGCCUGGAGACACACGGGCGCUUGUGCAUGCAAUCAUUAAUGACAUGACACGUGACGACCUCUCGCCGCCAUGUCUCUUCUCCAGAACGAAGAGUAAGCGCUGUGUUCGGUCGCGAGUCCCCCGCGCGCACCGCAGCUAAUGACGGCAGCUUCGUCCUGUACCAGCUGCGCACCGCCUACCUCGCGUCAAUCAAGGAUGGCGUCGGCGAGCGGCUGAUCAACGUCAACUCGAGCGUCCUCAACCAGGUCGGCUUCCGCGCCGCCGGAUGGGCGCCCAAUCCUGCAGACAUCAAGCGCACCUACUCGCCACCCAUCCCGACCGCCGUCACCUCCGAGUACUUCCAGGCGCCGCGCUCGGCCGGGCUGAAGGCGCCCGAAGGCCUCGGCGACGAUGAGGACGAGGGCGGAAUGGUCACGGGCGGCGGCAGCAACGACACCGUGGGCCCGACCCUGAAUGCGAAGCGGCGGCGGCGCAAGGAGCUGCUCGAGGAGGACGACAGCAGCGAUCUGAGUGACGAGAGCGACGAAGACGAGGCCAGCGACCGUCCCGCAAACCAGAUCAAGUUCACCAAAAUGCCCCUGCGCACGCGCUCCGGCUCGUCCCCCGUCCGCGGCUCUGCAUUGCGCAACGAGCUGGCGGACAGCGGAGACCAGCCCUCGGUCACCAUCACCUCGCCCUCGCGACCUCCAGACAACCUGCUGCCCAGGGGCUCACUUGGCAGCAUUGACGCCGUCAAGGGUCGUGCACGGCGGGACACCAUCACCAGCAGCGAAAUGUCCUCGGAGAACGAGUUCGACAAUUCAGCCUUCCACAAGAGACGAGUCAAGCACGUGCGGAAGGCGGCAAGCUCACACCAGCUGCUGUCCAAACGCAUCGACAAAGACGACGAGGACGCAAACGGCCGUCUGGAGGCGCUGCACGAGGGCAAUGAAUCCGACAGCUCCCUUGAUUCCGAGUUCUCAGGCUCCGCUGACAGUGGCUCGCUCAUGGGCGACAGUGGUCAUCCGCUUGACUCUUCGCCUUCGGCCACCUUGCCUGGCAUGCCCGCCCUGACACCUUACAACAACCAGUCACCAAAGCGGAGGAGGGAAGCGCCGCAACCCACCCUCCAGGCGCUCCCGCCGCCCAGACCAAUCAGCUUCAUUCUGCCUGUGAGCGCUCUGACCCAGGCGCUCCAAGCCAAGUCAUCCAAACCAUCCAAUCCCCUCGCGCGCUUCGCCGUGUGGAAUGCUGCGAGUGAGGCUCAGUCAAAUCCUCUGUACUUGAAGCUGUACUGUCCGUGGUCUACUAAGCCCCUCAAGCCAAUCGAGCUGCUUCUUAGGAAGUUCAACGAUAAAGGCGAAGGCAUCACUGUAGCGGAGGCAAUCGGUUAUGCACUGCAUCGCUACCAAGAAGAGAAGAUAGAGCCACCGCUAGCGCCCGAGAAAUGCAACGUCAACUGCUGGGUCAUGCGCAUGUGGGACGACGAUGAGGUCGAUGACGAGUUCCCACCGUUGACCAGGAACAAGCCUUUGAAGGACUUCGCGUCCAACAACUCACGUGGCAUGCGCCCUCGUGCUAGAGAUAAGCCUUGGGACGAAUUUGCCUUGGUCGAAGCCUCGCCGCGAGAAAUUGCUGAGAACGAGAAGGUGACGCCCAUCUACAGUGAAGAAGCUGCUGCAGCAGUCAACUCACAGAAAGAUGUACCAGAAGAUCAGGAAGAGCAACCGGCCAAGCAGCUUGCAAAACCGAUACCCAGCCGUGCGAAGAGCUUCCGCAACCCCAUUACUGGACCCUCAUUUGCACCAAAAGCAACCCGCAAAGACACAAGUACCCUCGCAGAUGCGCCUACUACGUCCUCAUCGCACGCUGCAAGCCGUAUUGGUGCUCCGAAAACAGUCAAUGUGCACUACACUGACGAGAACUUCAAUACCAGGCACAUCCCUGUGCCUUGCACAACGGACACCUACAUUGACGAAAUCUUCGACAAAGUGUGUCAUGACCUGCAUCUCGACAAGGCCUUGUACCUGGUCAAAGUCAGUCAGUCGACCACUGUUGCUCCACUCGACCGCACAGUCGAGGCUCUUGGAAAGUACGCGGAUAUUGAUCUGCUGCGUCGACGUUUUAUUGCCGAUGGUAUCAUGGGCCUGUCAGGCAGCCCAGGCUCUUCUUCUCCCAAUGCGCCACUCAUUAUUAGUACAGGCGGCGCGCCAAAGAAGACCAAGAAAGGCGACAGAGUGCAUGCUGCAGCAUCGGGGCAACAGCUGAUCCAUCCUCUUGCAAGGAAUCUCGACGCCUCGGCUCUCGCACUGUCAUCAACGGGCUACUACCGUCGCUAUGCGGUGCUCCGCAAGCAGCCCAUGUCUUUUGCAUCGUCCACAUCUCGCAUCAUCGCUCUCGACAACGAGUACAUCCACAUCAUGCCGGGCGAGUCUGGCCGGCGUGCUGGUGCUGUGGGCGGUGUUGUCGAAGGACAAGGUAAGACUACUACAGUGCACUUCAGCAGUGUGGUAGGUACAAAAGUUAGUAAGAAGCACCCCAAGACGGUCAGGCUGCUAGUGUAUAGGGAGAAAGAGACGAAGAGAUACGACUUCGAAGCAGCGAGCGUGGAAGAAGCCGCAGACAUUGUCAAGGAGGUCAAGAAGGGCGUCGAACGGUUCCAAGAGGGUAUUGUGUAGCGCACUUGCCCCGAGGAGCAGUCUCAUUUGAAGUCCUCGUGGCCCAACUUAACUUGAUGCACGGGCGUCUGAGAACUGCUGCAUUGGAGAAGUUUAGCAUCAAAACCCUGACCGUACACCUCAUGGACCAGCUGGGGUCUUGUUGAACGAUGAAUGCUGGCACGUAAGCCCGGAUCCAGCUUCCGACACAAACAAGCUCUGGUGAAUAUUUCUGACACGACCCUACGAUGUCUUUGUGUUGUCGUACGGUUGGGGAGCCACAACCGCGCGUUGCUCGGCUAGCUCCACAGGUCGUGCAAUGCACCCCUCAACGCCACAACCGCAAGAACCUUGUGUCGUACGACCAUCGUCACGAUUCCUCGAACAGUGUACAAUAAGGCCUCAACGUUACUUAUGAGUAUAUCGUAUUGCAAGAAGCGUCACUUGUUUGCAGCAGUCAGUAUGACAAAAAUGCUGAUAUAGACCAAUUAAGCGAUUGCAGUCCUG